AAGACUUAUAGCUCACUUGCAGCUACUACAAAGAUGAUCAAAACAAUGUUCUACACCUUCUUUCGAACAAAACACCAAGAAGAAAACGCCAACAAUGAUCAAAUACUUCCUCAAGAAAUCGACAUCCGUCCCAUAACUCCUUGUCCUUGGGAUAUCAUCAAAACCCUAUCUCCCCUCGAAGUCGGGUACAGAGGCAGACUCCAACUUCCAAUGGUGUAUAUCCAGGCUACUAUACUGAGACACAUACCAGAUCUCAUGUCUAAAACACAUAUGAAGAUUGGUCAUUUCGCUUUAAAGGUGAAGGAUCUCGAUACAAACACAGUCCACACUGUUUCAUUCUGGAAGGUCAUUCAAGAAGAUAAUUUUUCGACGCGUGAAACCUGGAUCAAAGAAUUUGUGAAGAGGAGGAGUCUUGAGCCUGGCAUGGUUGUUGGUAUGUAUUGGGAUUUUAACGUUACCAUGCUUUGUUUCUCGGUGUUGGAAAUGAAGGGCGUGGAUGAAUAG